GGCAUCCACCACGAGACCGCGCGCAUCGCAUGCUGCAUCUUUGCCAAUUGCGCAUGGGAUGGGUAUUUUUCCCUUUCGCCGAAUGGCCCACGCGUGCCACUAGGUCUGUCUAGACGACAUUUUAACCGCGCCUACCUACUACUUCUGCGUCCCGAAUGGUUCGUCCUUCUCCGCCCCUGCUGUAUACGCAGUGGUGCCAUCCCUUGGGCACUUCCGCUUUCCCAACCAGCUCCCCCAAUUCUAGGAAGACAACAACCAGGCCCCGAUCCUGUCCGCCCCAACUGGGGGCGAAACCUGCCGUAUCAUCUCCUCUCUCCCGCUCGAGACGGCACACAUCAUACCCGCUAAAGACGUCGACUGGUGGCAAGACAGCCUCAUGUACGAGUACGCGCGCCAGCCAAGCGCCAGCAUGAAUACGCACUGCCCGGACAACUCCCUCAGGCUCCGGAAAGAUGUCCACGCCCUCUGGGACGCGCACCGGUUUGCGUUUGUCCCCAAGCAGGGUGCAUGGGUGGCCCAUGUGCUCGAGGCGGGCGUGACGGAUGAGCUGCAGGCGCUGUACCAUAACCUGCAGCUGCAGCCCCUGGCGGGCAUCAGACGCGAAUACAUGCUUGCCCGGUUUGCAAUGGCGGUCUUGGACAAGGCCAUGUUUGCGCGCCAGCCUAGUAAGGGAUCAAGGCGGCUGGUAUGGAUUGGAGCGAGAGGCGAGGAACCGGAAGUGAAGGAAUUGUCGGCGAAGCAGUGUCGAGAGAUGUUUGGGGUUGGGGCCCGAGGGAAGAGCUCUAGCCGGAGCCCCAGUAAGAGUCCCAGCAAAAGAGCGAGGACUGAGGGCGAUGACGAUGACGAGAGUGGGUGGGGGGUUCAAGACAAUAGUGGUGACUAUUGCGAUUACCCAGAACAUGAGCCGCGCAUGGGAGCAGACUGCAGCUGCUUGGGCUUAGAUAGCAGCGACGAAGACGAAGAGGGCGAGACUGAGCGUGGCCAACCACGAAAACGCCUCCGAAGAGAUGACGUGGUGGAGCGGCUACACCCCGAGCCCAUUCGCAUCCACCCCCCCUCUUUGUCCCGGUCAGCGCCGUCGCUUCCGGACGAUGAAAGCCCGGAAACCGGCCAGCCGCAUCCGGGUCUCCAAUAUCAGGAGCUAGACACUGGGAGACGGAAGCACAUACCCACCUCACUAGGGACGCGCCUAGUCUAAUCUUACCUCGACAUCGCGCCUCUUUCCGGUUAUCCCAAAGAGCGUCAUGCUCGGGUUUAAUCUACUCACUCAGGCCUUGAUGAUCUCUAGCAUCUAGCAUCUUGUCGUCUUUU